AUGGGAGGACUCUCCGACGGCCAAGGUACCAUCAUAUAUUCCAUCUUGCAUAGACGGCGGGGAUCUCUGCAACAUGACAAUCUCCAUCAGCUGCUCCUUGGUCUGAGCUUUUCAGAUUUGUUGGCAUCAUGGGCCGUUGUCAUGGGUGGAUUUUUGUAUCCAAAGGGUGUUUCGGAUGAUGCUCCUUUGGCACUGGGGAAUGCAGCAUCAUGCAAUGCUUCGGCAUUUGUCAAUGCUUUGUUCGGCACCUCCAGCACGCUCUACAACUGUUGGAUUUCCAUGCAUUUUUGGAGGGUGUUAAGGAAGACACAGAAACGACAAUCCCAGUCCACAAAAAUGGAUUGGUGCUUUCGGGUCACAGCACAUUCGUCUGCUGUACUUGUGGGAUUUGUGUUUGCAACCAUUGGAAUUUUGGGAGAUAGGUUUGGCCCUCAUUACUUUUUGGGUAUGUGCUAUUUUACACCACCCUGCAGUGACAGUAAUGAAGACUGUGCCGAGACAAGUGGUUUUGAGGUCAAUCAUGUGUUCAGGGGAUUUUUGGCCCUGUGUGUUAUCAUCAGCAUUGGUUGCACUAUUGCCGUGGCCCUGAAAGUGCGAGCCAACCUGAAAAGGUCUAGGAAGUACAGCACCUCGCAAAUGAGUGCCACACAGACGACAUUUGGUGGUGACAGCAAUAGAGACUUCACAGUCACUUCCCAAGAAGGUGGUCCAACUGCAAACUCAGGAAUAGAAAUGGAACUGGAAAGCUCUGCAGGUAAAGGAACGCCCAAAACCAGGUCCAAGGAACAAGACGUCGCAUUCCAGGCUGUUUGGUAUACCAUAGCCCAUUUGAAUACCGUUGUUUUGCCCAUUGUUGGAAUCCUUGUGGUCAACAUGACUGAUGAGGAAGCCAGGAAGGGCGAUCCAGGGCAUUACACUUUCUUGCUACUUCUCUACUGGUUCAUGCCGAUUCAGGGGGCUCUCAACAUGAUUGUGUUUCUACGGCCACGGUAUAUUCGUUGGCAAGAAUACCUGGAGAGACAAAAUCUAGGGCAUCGCAGCAGAAGUCAACCAAAUGAGGAAACAAACACUCAGCAGCCAUCAAAGCCAUCGUGGCACUAUCUCAUUGGGCUGGCCAUAUUGGAAGAUAUCCCCGCACGAGGCGGUCGGCGACAAGCCGGAAGGUGCCCCUCUAAUGUUGCAACCAGAAAUUGCAUAUGCUUUCUUCUGGACCGCCAAUGUUGUCAAUCACGGAAUCUGCUGUCGAGGCUCCUGCUUUGA